UAGGUUUUUGUUUUGUCUGUUUUUUUGUUGUUGUUGUUUUAUUUCUAAAAGAAAAAAAUAAUAAUAAGACGUUCGCGCAUUUAACUCGGACCUUUAUAACAAACAGUGUGCAAGAUCGAUACAGAGAGAGAGAUAGAGGUAGAUCUCUCAGCGGCCGGAAUCAUUUGCGGUGUAGUAAAGAAACAGCGAGUUUCAGCUGUUUGUGAAGACAGAAAGACACGAGUGGUUUGUGUCUUUGUGCGGUGAGAGAUUUAUAGAGACAAUGGUAGGACCGUCGCGGCCUCAGAUCGUUCUGUUUGGAUCAUCCAUCGUCCAGAUGAGCUUCGGCCAUGGAGGUUGGGGCGCCAUUCUCUCCGAGGUCUAUGCUCGUAAGGCUGACAUCAUUCUGCGUGGAUACUAUGGAUGGAACUCAACUCGUGCUUUGGAAGUUGUGGACCAAGUCUUCCCCAAGGAUGCUGAGGUACAACCUUCUCUGGUCGUUGUGUAUUUUGGAGGAAACGACUCAAUGGCGCCUCACCCUUCUGGUCUAGGACCUCACGUUCCACUUUCUGAAUACGUUGAUAACAUGAAGAAGAUCGCUAUUCAUCUUCAGAGCCUUUCAGACACAACUCGUAUCAUAUUCCUUAGUUGCCCUCCAGUGGACGAGGCCAAACUUCGUCAGAACCAAAGCCCAUACUUGAGCGAGGUGAUCCGCACAAACGAGCUCUGCAAGACUUAUUCAGACGCUUGCGUGGAGCUGUGCCAAGAGCUCGGCUUAGAAGUAGUUGAUCUCUUCUCUACUCUUCAGAAAGCCGAUGACUGGGAAACCGUUUGCUUCACAGAUGGGAUUCAUUUGUCAGCACAAGGAAGCAAACUGGUGGCUGCAGAGAUACUGAGAGUGAUCAAAGAAGCGGAGUGGACACCGUCGCUUCACUGGAAAUCGAUGCCAACUGAGUUCUCAGAGGACUCACCUUACGAUCUUGUUUCAGCUGAUGGCAAAAACACUGUCAACUCUUCAGAGUGGACGUACUUCUGGGAAGAACAAUGGGAUUAACACACACAACAACAAUAACAACAAGAAGACCUUUAUAGAAUGUGUUGUUGUUGUUGUUGCCUUGGCUAUUUUCGAUUCUAACGUUAUUUUUUAUCAGUGUUUGUUUUUGUCAUGCUUUUGCGUUUACUCUUUCUCUAAGUACUGAUAGAUAGGUUCGUGCUUGAUUAGUUCCUUGAAUCUUAAUACUAUCUAAUA